AUGCGUGUUGUCCUCCUCACAGCGAUUCUCGCCUCUGCCUUCGCCUCCGAUACCAUCUACCCUCGCAACAAAGCAGAAUCAGAUGUCAAUACCGCUCCGGUUCUGGAUCCAAGAUUCGCCUCCGAUCCUAUCUACCCUCGCAACAAAGCAGAACCAGAUAUCAAUACCGCUCCGGUUCUGGAACGGCGCCAAGCCAUAUGGUAUACGGAUCCAGAAUUCGCCUCUAAGCAUGGAGUUGAGACCCAGAGAUUCACAGAGGUUGUGGAGAUGAGCCGGCAUUCACACCUGGUCGCACGACAAAGGAAGCCACCCAAGAGAAAAAAAACCGAUAAGAAUAUCUUCAAUAGGAUGUGUCUACGAGAGCUCGGGGAAUCCGGACCAUCGAUCACACACUAUGACGUUGAGGUUCCUAUCGAUGGACCUACUCAAAAUAUAGCAACACCGGGUGGAGGUGCGGUGCAGAUAAUUGCAGAGAGAUAUAUUGAUGAGAACGACGAACAAGAGAAAAUGGACAUGUCUAUCAUGAACAACAGCCAGUGCGAGUUGAAUAUCAACUUCACGACUCCACUGCGAUUCAUAAAUAAUCGUCGCAACGAUCCUGCGAAUGCGGUUCCUCCCGUGGACAUACGUCCUACUCCAUCACGUCAGUGGUACGAUACUCCAAGCUUCUGCCAUAUUGACGAUAUGGAACCAGCGUUGGAGCAGACAGUUAUAGCGAUGAAGCUUAUGUUAAAGACCUUUUAUUGUUGA